CCGGAAUACAUUUAAAGUGUUCUUGUAAAGAAAACUCUUCAACUUCAUUCUCUCAUUACCCUUUGUUUAUUUUUAUAUAUAUUGCAUACAUCGGAAGACGCCGUGAGCAAGCCGGACUUCUCCACUGAAAACGUCUUUCUCGGCGAUAGCCAGAAUUAAAACUCCGACCAAACGGAAGAAUACAAGAUUCGCCCCUUUUCAUUCUUUCCACACCUUUAACAUAUUUCCUCAGGAAGGAUAUCAAUCCAUGAUGUCGGGACGCCCACCCUCAAGAGAGAGCAACCACACCCUGUCCGACUUGACCAAACCGGUCUUCGCCCAGUCACAUACCGAGCUAUCCUCGUCCCGACAGACCACCGCACCUUCCACCCCAACCGAUAUGUCCACGACCCCGAUUCAACGGAGAGAGCAGGAAAAGCUACAAGGGCAGGCGGGAGAAUCGCCUCCAGACACGCCGGUUAAUGGCGAUGAGAAUGCUAAUGGCGAUGGUGCUCCGCUGGAUCGGACACAGUCGCAGACGAAUCAGCUGGGGACUAAGCAGAUUGCGGUUAUUAUGACGGCGCUUUGUUUGGCUCUGUUUUUGGCGGCUUUGGAUAUGACCAUUGUUUCCACCGCACUCCCCGUUAUGGCCGCGUAUUUCGGCGCCAGUGAAAGUGGCUACUCAUGGAUGGCAUCGUCAUACCUCCUCGCCAAUGCGUCGUGUAUCCCCUUAUGGGGUAAAGUCAGCGACAUCUGGGGCAGAAGGCACGUCAUUCUGCUGGCCAAUUUCGUCUUCCUGAUCGCUAGUUUGAUCUGCGCCCUGGCUAUUAACCUGCCUAUGAUGUUGGCUGGACGUGCGAUUCAGGGUAUUGGUGGUGGUGGAAUCGUUGUCUUGGCCAACAUUUCCGUGUCGGAUUUGUUCAGUGUCAGACAACGCCCUAUGUACUACGGUAUCUUUGGUGCCAUUUGGGCUAUUGCAGGUGCCCUCGGACCCAUUAUCGGAGGUGCCUUUACCACCAGCGUGACCUGGAGAUGGUGUUUCUGGCUGAACCUGCCGGUUGGCGGCGUGUCAUUGGUGGCGCUUUUCUUCUUCCUCAAGAUCGAAUCCCCCAAGACGCCGUUCAUGGCCGGCAUCCGCAGCAUCGAUUGGGCAGGUGUACUUCUCAUCAUCGGCGGAACCCUCAUGUUUCUCUUCGGCCUCGAAUUUGGCGGCAUCGACUACCCCUGGGCCUCGCCCACAGUCAUCUGCCUAAUCGUCUUCGGCGUGGUAACCUGGGUCGUCGCCAUGAUGAACGAAUGGAAGCUCGCCAGAUACCCUAUCAUCCCCCUCCGCCUCUUCAAUAACUGGCACAACAUCUGUAUCUUCACCGUUAACUUCUGCCACUCCUUCACCUUCAUCGCCGGAAACUACUACCUCCCCCUCUACUUCCAAACAGUCCUCCAAGCCACCCCCAUCCUCUCCGGCGUCUACGUCCUCCCUCUCUGCCUCUCUCUCUCAUUCACCUCCAUCGCCACAGGCGCGAUCAUCAAAAUUACGGGCCGUUACCGCGAACUUAUCGUCGCAGGCCUCAUCUUCAUGACCCUCGGCUACGGCCUCUUCAUCAACCUACAACCCUACGCCUCCUGGCCGCGCAUCAUUAUCUUCCAAAUAAUCGCGGGUAUCGGUGUAGGACCAAUCUUCCAAUCCCCCCUCGUCGGCCUACAGGCCAACAUCCACUCCGCAGAUGUCGCAACCGCAACCGCAACUUUCAAUUUCAUCCGCCAAGCUUCCGCCUCCAUGGCCGUCGUCCUGGGUACAGUCGUCUACCAGAACAUUCUGGGAAAACAAACCUCUUCGCUCUCCGGGAAAGUAGGCUCUGAGACCGCGCAGAAACUCGCGAAUUCCUUCUCGGGUUCCUCCAAGCCUCUCAUUGCAUCUCUUGAACCGGAACAGCGCCGCGCUGUCCUCGAAACGUUCACCUACGUGCUCAGUCGUCUGUGGAUCUUCUACACGGCUGUUAUCGGCCUCGCGCUGAUUGUUAGUUUCUUCAUUCGGCCCGUGACGCUGAGCAAGUCGCAUACGCUUGCGAAGACCGGACUUGAGGAGCAGGAGCGCGCUAGACAGGAGAUUCUCGCUGCGGAACGGGCGAAGAAGGGGAAGGAUGAGUCUGCUGCAGAGAAGGGGGGUGCUUAGCUCAUUGACUAGGACUUCUCUUGUGCUCAAGGAAGCUAUCGCGCUGGCGUGGUAGUACUAUUGGCUCGGCCUGGGUUAAAAAAGUUGUUUCUUCUAGAUAUCCCAUAUGCUAUUUAAAUUUAAUUAUCAAAAGUUCGUGUCCAUUACGGUACUAUGUAAGUUCAGUUGUUGCUAUGCAAGCAAUGCAUUGUUAAACCCUAUCUUGGAUAAAACCCUUAUAUACAUUAUGUUCAUAGUAAUGAUA